CUGCCUUGCUCCAAGCUUUAUAUUACCUCAGAAUUUCAAGCAUGCCCCCAAGUAUUUUUGCAAGACAUAGUUCAGAGAUUGACUGGUGUGAAGCAAAUUACUUGCAUUCAGAAUAUGUAGCAGAAUACUACAACACGGUUACUAAUAUUUCUUUCCUUCUGGUUGGCCCUCUAAUGAUGUACCUUUUACAUCCGUAUGCCUGUAGACGUAGCUUGACUGUCCAUCUAGUCUGGAUACUGUUCAUCAUGAUUGGUCUCUUCUCCAUGUACUACCACAUGACAUUGAGCUUCUUUGGACAGUUGCUGGAUGAGAUCUCCAUCUUGUGGGUUAUUUGUCUUGGCUAUUCUGUCUGGCUUCCGAAGCCUUACUUUCCAAGGUUCAUCAAGGGCAGGGGCCAGUUUGGUGCUGCGGUCUUUGUUGUGGCAGUUUUUAGUACACUGAUGUCACUUGUAAAGCCUACAAUCAAUGCCUAUGUGUUGAACUGCAUAACUAUUCAUAUACUGUAUCUUCUUGUAAAAGAGAUAAGAAAGUGUCACAAUCAUGACAUUAUUAACCUGACCUUCGUGUCCGUUUGUCUCUGGAUAGUAGCCAUUUCCUGUUGGCUCAGCGAUCGUCUGUUCUGUAAUUUCUGGAAAAGGCUUAACUUCCGUUACUUGCACAGCCUAUGGCACAUCUUUAUAUGUCUUGCUGUUGCACACAUCAACACUGUAUUUGCCUAUAUUGAUGCUCAGUAUGAGAUUCCUGAGUACACUCUACAACUUCAGUACUGGCCAUUCAAGGCAAAAAGAUUUGGUCUUCCUUACUUAGCUGUCACCAAAACGAAAGUUUCAAAGAACUGCUAGUCCUUUUAAAAUGUUCAAUGAUAAUUUAGAAGACAUUUGAAAGGCUAACGAAGUCCAGAUGUCUCACCAUAGUUGCUGCUGUAAGUUUAUGGUAUCACUGCCUCAAUGGACUGAGGAUUUUAUUUCUCCAUGAACAUUUGCAUCUCUAGCAUACCAAAUCAAACCAUGGGACCUAGACCAUGGGACCAAGAAUAUGAGUGUCUUGUACCAAGACACAGUGACUAGAAUCAAUCAUCUACUAUAUGUUCAUUUCCUCAAAAAUGGCUAUAUCCAGAUCAGUAACAUGUAUUUUUUUGCCAUUUGGGUAUGUUCA